GCGGCGGAAGCGGCGGAAGCAGCGGCGGCGGGGUGGGUCGGGUCGGGUCGGCAUGGAGCCCGGGGAGGGCCCGGGGGCGCUGGACCUGCACGGCGACGAGGAGAUCAUCGAGGUGGUGGAGCUGGGCCCGCCCGGGCCGGAUGACCUGGCCGAGGAGAUGGAGGACGUGGACUUUGAGGACGAGGGAGCAGAAGAGCCCGAUGCCGAGGCUUGGGAGUCGGAGGAUGACGAGGGGGUGGAGGACAGCAUGGAGGCACAGGACGACAGUGAGGUCACGUUCUCGCUCCACUCGGCUUCUGUCUUCUGUGUGAGCCUUGACCCCAAGACCAACACGCUGGCAGUGACAGGCGGAGAGGACGACAAGGCCUUCGUGUGGCGUGUGAGUGAUGGGGAGCUCCUGUUUGAGUGCUCAGGACACAAGGACUCGGUCACCUGUGCUGGCUUCAGUCACGACUCUGUGUUUGUGGCCACAGGUGACAUGUCUGGGCUUAUCAAAGUGUGGCGGGUGGAUGCCAAGGAGGAAGUGUGGUCCUUCGAGGUGGGGGACUUGGAGUGGAUGGAGUGGCACCCUCAAGCCCACGUACUUCUGGCUGGUACAGCUGACGGCAACACCUGGAUGUGGAAGAUCCCCAGUGGGGACUGCAAAACUUUUCAGGGCCCAGCAUGCCCAGCUACGUGUGGCAGGAUCCUGCCUGAUGGGAAGCGAGCAGUGGUGGGGUAUGAGGACGGGACCAUGCGCAUCUGGGACUUGAAGCAGGGAACCUCGCUGCAUGUUCUGAAAGGCCAGGAUGGCCAUCAGGACCCCUUGACGUGUGUGGCCAGCAACCAGGAUGGCAGUUUGAUCAUGACGGGCUCUGUGGACUGUCACGCCAAGCUGGUCAACUCUGCCACGGGCAAGGUGGUGUGCGUGUUCAAGAUGGAGAGCGUGACCCCCAAGGCACCCAUCAGUGAAGGCGAGGAGGCAGAGUCCAACUCAGUGGAGUCGCUGGGCUUCUGUAAUGUGAUGCCACUGGCUGCUGUGGGCUACCUUGACGGCACACUGGCUAUUUACGACCUCUCCACACAGAGCUUGAGACAUAAAUGCCAACACGAGUCAGGGAUCGUGCAGCUGCUGUGGGAGGAGAGCUCGGCCGUGGUGUACACCUGCAGCCUGGACGGGGCUGUGCGGCUCUGGGACGCCCGCUCAGGGAAGAUGAUCAGCGAGUACCGAGGGCACUCUGCUGAAAUCCUCGACUUCGCCGUCAACAAGGAUGCCUCCAUUGUGGUGACCACCUCUGGCGACCACCAAGCCAAAGUGUUCUGUGUCCAGCGCCCCGAUCGCUAGAACUGUGUCAGAGGAUGGCGUCCCGGCACUGCCCUGCGCCUUGUGUACAGAGGGACGGGGGACAUGGUCUCACCACCCUGCUCCAGUGCGUGCUUUGUAAUUUUUCCAGCCUGCCCUGCUUUGCCCUCGCCAUCUAGAGGCCAAGCCAGGGGUUUUGUAUGAAGAUGUCUUUAAUUAUAUAAAUUAUUUCAAUUAA